AUUCCUUCCGUUCGAGCAAUUGCAUCGGGUGCUGGGCGAUCUCCUUCCGGGCGCGUCGGGCCCCGCGGUCGGUACCGCGGCGGCUUCGGCCGGCAACGCGGCCUGAAAAAAAAAGAACCCACGCGAAAAAGGCUGAAGCGAGCGCUUGAUCGGCGGGCGCAGGCGCCGAGCGGUGAGAGGAGCACCGACGGAGCGCCUGAUUCGUCGGUCUGCGUCAGCCGAGCGGCCCUCGUCAUCGUCGUAUAAAAUUAAAAGAGAACAUUUGAGCGAGAAUCAGUUUCGAAGUCGCACUCAGGGACUGGGUGUAUUCGUCGCUGCAAGGUUGUUUUCGCUGAACGUCGAUUUUUUUUUUCACGAAUUGUAUAUUCGAGUGCGUGCGGUUCGUACGAGCGGAUCCAGCAAAAUGUUAAGUGAAAAUCAAAAUGCAGCCAUGAAUUCCUACGUAGAGAACAUAUCCACGAAUUUGGAGAACAGCAGGAAUUGCUUGCGUCGCAUAGCCAGGCAUGACGACACCGAAUUUUCCAACCAAAGCAUCCUGAACGUGAUGGAGAAGUUCGUGAAAGCCGUCAACAAAAUGGACGAGACGAUUCUAGUGCCUUGCCGGCUGAUGGACCUGAAAGUCGGCGACGAGCAGGACCCCGCCUGCCAGAACGCCAAAACCAAAUCGUCCCAUUCCGUGCACCAAAACCUCAGCUCCACCGACCUGUUCGAGAUCUACAACAUGCUGAACGGCGUGAAGGACUCGCUGCUGUGGGGCGGCGAGAGCCAGGAGGCGCCGAAGGCGCCGGCGGCGGCCCCAACAGUGAAUACGAAUACAGCGACCAAAGGCCACAACCGCAGACCCUCUUCAGUGAGUGUGACUUCGACGAAUUCCACGUCGACUCUGAGCGACACCGAUUCGGAGUCCGGCAGCAACGAGGUCGAUUCGGGGAUAGACGAAACGUCCCAGGAAGAGGGAAAGGUCGAGAGAAUCGCCAUGGAUUUCAGGAGGCACUUAAACGGGCUGAACAGCUCGCUGCGCCACAUGACGGAGGCCGCACAGUACCUGACUUGGCGCUAUCAGUACGACAUUGGCAGCCCGGUUUAACGUACUAUUCCGUUUAGGUCAAGAACUGAAAUUUUCUUAUUAAGUAUAGUUAAUUUUGGAUACAGGGCGACUCUUUUCUGACUGGAAUUGCUCCGGAAUAUAUUUGAUACAAAUUAUACGACUGCUUCUUAACAACAAUAACGUAUGCUAAGUGGGAAUAAACUAGUUUGUUACAAUACACCUAUAAUUCAUUCGGGUACGAAGAAAGGUUUAAGUGAUAUAGCAUGUAAUCGGUAAUUAACAACUCGUAAAAUUUAAGUAGUCGCCUAAUUAUAUUAAAAUCGUCUAUGUUUCGUUCAAUCAUAUUUUAAUUGUUUCCAUUGUGAUUAAACGCUGGUUAUUCACAUGGCCGUUAUCACAAUAUUACAUUUAAAACUUUAAAUAGUUUGUGAAUUAAAUAUCUGAAAUUAUUUACAAAUUGAUUUCAUAACAUUCACACAACAAGAAUUCUAAUGCUUUAAGAUUGCAGAUUCUGAAUCAUGAUUUAAUAGGCCUGGUUGUGCAAUUACCAUUAACAUUCUGGUGGUAAUCGAUUUAUUAAAGCCUCGUCGGAAAAAUGAUCGUUAUUUAGCAGUUAUAAUUUUUGCUUUAAAAAUAAACCUACUUAGUAUACGGGUUAAGUAUGAGUAGGGCAGUGUUUUGCGCUACAAUGUUUCCCUAUUCUCGAAUCGAUAAUUAGUUUGUUUUUGUUUGAAAUUGCCUAUUGUUUGUUGCAUAAAUUUUAAUAAUCAAAUUGUGUCAAAUAUAGACAGAAAGUGCGGUAACUCUCUGUAUAAUUUGGAAAAGUGAUACCUAUUUAUAUACUAGAUUUAUCUAUUUUUGCUCAUAAAUGUAUGAAUCUAUUUAUUUUUAAAAUGUUUUAGUAUUAUUGUUUACUUUACCUCUGUAUUGUUUUAAUUUAUAAAUAAAUAAAUAUUAUUGAGGUUA